AUGUUCGACGCGUAUAUAAGUCAUGACCACACUGCAGGCAACAACAGUUUCAUCUGUGCAGUUGGAGUGACAGCAUCAUCAGUAGUGUUAAUUCAUUGCUUCUCGCAUUCCGAAACAUGUCUCUUAAGUGUCUUGCAAACUUGCUACAUAAGUUUUGUCACAUCUAAUAUCACAGUCACUCCUCUUUCUUACCAGGUUAUCACCCUGGCUUCCUUGCUGGCAGCCGCAAGUGCAAAGCCAGGCCUUUCUCAAAGCUAUCAGGCUCCAGGAUCUUCCUUCGGUGGUUCUGCAGGAGCUGCCAGUUUCCUCCGACCUGCAGCAGGAGCUGCCAAUUUCCUCGGACCUGCAGCAGGAGCUGCCAGUUUCCUCGGACCUGCAGCAGGACCUGCCGUCAACUUCGGAGGGGCUGCUUCUGGUGGAGUCUACAAUCCACCGGUCUCUCCUGUAACUCGCCCUCAUUAUAACUUCAACUAUGCCGUCAACGAUGCUUUUGGUAACGAUUUCGGCCACCAAGAGGGGCGCGAUGGAUACAACACUCAGGGAUCCUACUACGUGCAGCUUCCCGAUGGUCGUCUGCAGAGGGUCACUUACACUGUCAAUGGCGACCAAGGAUACGUGGCCCAGGUGACAUACGAGGGAGUGGCUCAGUACCCUGCCUUCCAGCCGUCUGCUUCCUACUCACCCGCACCUUCUUAUGGUUAA